GUUCACGUGAGUUGUAGCGCAUGCGCGUUGGCUGCAUAAAUCGCGUGAAACAGUGGUUUUUUCAGAGGUUUUGCACGAUGUCGUUCGUGGAGUACUCCGCCGACUGCGAUUUUCCGAUCCAAAACCUGCCGUACGGUGUGUUCUCAACUGCUGGAAACGACCGUCAUCGUAUCGGUGUAGCCAUUGGAGACUAUGUACUCGAUCUAUCAGUAGUGGCUCCUGUGUUUUUCACUGGUCCUGAACUUAGCAAGAAUGCUCAGGUGUUUGGGGAGGCGACACUGAAUGGGUUCAUGUCUCUGGGCCGCGCGCCUGGAAUGAAGCCAGACAAGUCCUCCAGCGAAUCCUCUCUAAAGACACUCCCGAUUUGAGGGACAAUACUGAUCUGAGAAAAAGGGCUCUAAUACCAGCGUCCGAAGUGACGAUGCACCUGCCAGCUGAAAUAGGAGACUAUACUGACUUCUAUUCCUCGAGGGAGCAUGCUACGAACGUUGGUACAAUGUUCAGAGGUCCAGAGAAUGCCCUGAUGCCAAACUGGCUGCAUCUUCCAGUUGGUUACCAUGGCCGCGCCUCUUCAGUCGUAAUUUCAGGGACCCCCAUCAGACGACCCAACGGGCAGACCAGACCAGAUGACAAAAAGCCGCCGGUGUUUGGGCCGUGCAAGCUAAUGGACAUCGAACUAGAGAUGGCAUUCUUUGUUGGCCCCGGCAACAAGAUGGGAGAGCCCAUUCCCAUAUCACAGGCCCAGGACCACAUCUUUGGUCUGGUUCUGAUGAAUGAUUGGAGUGCAAGAGAUAUCCAGAAAUGGGAGUAUGUUCCUCUAGGUCCAUUCCUGGGGAAGAACAUGGGGACCUCCAUCUCCCCCUGGGUGGUUCCCCUCGACGCCAUCCUCCCCUUCGCCCUCCCAAAUCCAGACCAGUCAGAGCCGGAGGUGCUACCCUAUUUAAAGCACACCGAUCCUUUCAGUUUCGACAUUGACCUUGAAAUACACCUGAAGACCAAAGAUACACCUGAACCAGCGGUCAUCGCUAGAAGCAAUUUCAAGUACAUGUACUGGACAAUAAAGCAGCAACUGGCACAUCACUCAGUCACUGGAUGUAAUCUAAGACCAGGAGACCUGCUGGCCUCAGGGACUAUCAGUGGAAAGGUCUGCCCUGUAUAUACCUCUCUCUCUCUCUCUCUCUCUCUCUUUGCCACUGAUCUGUGUAUAGUGUAAGUAUGGACUUUCACCAUGACUUUUGCUGGCAAUUCCCUUAUACUGGGGGUUCACAAAAAGACUCCUGAUUCAUAUGGGUCGCUGCUGGAGCUGACCUGGAAGGGAACUAAACAACUCACACUACCAAACGGGGAGACCAGAAAGUUUCUCAAGGAUCACGAUACAGUGAUACUGAAAGGAGCUUGCCACGGUGACGGCUACAAGAUAGGGUUUGGAUCAUGCACAGGGCAAAUCCUUCCAGCUCACUCCCUGUAGCUGCGGAACUUCUUUGAAUGUGUAACUGAAAGAUUUUUGUAUAAUUAUGUACCAUUACGAAGUUCACUUAGCUAUACGGCAGA